CUGACGGGAAACAAACAUGGCCGCGUCUGUUUGAACCUUUCUUUUUCUUUUCUUGCUAAGGGUGGCAUUUUCCUAGAUAUCAGAUUUCGAUUUGUAAUUAAAUACGUAAGAGACAAAAUAGUAUUGAAAAUUCGGAAAACAAGGACGCCGAGAGGAACUAAUAGACGAUUUGUUAUUAUCAGAAAUAAUGCUGAUAUCUGUAACUCAUGUCGACCAUCUAUGAAGAGAGAGCAACGAUGAUAGCAGCAGGGGAUUUGCAGGAGUUUGUUCCAUUUGGUCGACACCACUGCAAGAACCACCCUAAUGCCGUAAACCUCCAGCUUCGGCAGCUGCAGCCAGCAUCUGAGCUUUGGUCCUCUGAUGGAGCUGCAGGCUUAGUGGGAUCACUUCAGGAGGUUACACUCCAUGAAAAGCAGAAGGAAAGCUGGCAGCUUAGAAAAGGCACUGGUGGUGACUUAGAAGGAGUUGAAUAUGAUGAAGAGCUGUAUUCAACUGGCAAUAUGGUCAUAUGGACACGAGGAAGUAGAGGACAGACAUCUUAUGUAUAUAAGGCAUUUACUGUGGAUAGCCCUGUCCUUCAGGCGGUAUGGUGCAAUUUUAGUGUUCUUCAAAAUAAGGAUGAUGAACAAGAGGUAGAAGAGGAGACAGUCUGCAUUGUUCAGAGCGCAUGUGUGGAAGUUCACACUGUGAAUGGAAAAGAUUUCAUUUCCCCUUUACCAUUUCAGGUAGAAAAUGUCUGGUCAACAAAAUUUGGCCUUCUGUUUGAACGUAGUAAUCCUGCUACUGAAGUUCCUCAGAGUCCACCUAGAGAGCCCUUGCCAACAGUUUUCAGUAUGCUUCACCCUUUGGAUGAAAUAGCACCAGUUGUGUGCAGAUCACCAGGUUUGUCUGAUGCCUCAAGAAUACAGUAUGUUUCAGACAGCACAUUAAGAAUUGUUUUUACCAGCUGUGAGCCAUCAAUCAUUAUGACUUAUGACACAGUUCAGUAUCUGCACACCAUCUGGACAUUACGCAAAGUGAGAUCUGAGGAAAAGAGUGCAGUUUUAAAGUACUCUGAACAAAUGACCCCACAAUACUUUGGUACCUCAUUUGGCUCUCAUAUCAGAAAUAUUUCAAAAGGAGACUCGCCAGCUUCCUCUCCGUUUCAAAACUAUUCCUCCCUCCACAGCCAGAACAGGACUGUGUCAUCUCCUGGAUUUCACUCGAGAUCUCAUUCCCCUUCUAUAUCUAAUAUGGCCGUACUCAGCCGUUCACAUUCUCCAACAAUUGGAAUGCCUUCAUUCUCAGGUGUUCAGAGAUUCAACAUGUCUUAUCAUACACCUUCUCCUAAACGUCAGAAUGCUUCUCAUUCACCAAACAGUACAUUGAAUGAUUCUUUCUUGGGUCCGGAGACCGAACCAAUUGUUCCACAGCUUUGCAUUGAUCAUCUUUGGACAGAGACUGUAACAAAUCACAGGGAAAAGACCUCACAGGCCACUAAAGUUUUCAUUACAACUGACUUUUGUGAGCAGAAAUAUCUUUGCUUUUUAGUGGAAUCACAUCACCAGCUGAGGUGUGUGAAAUUAAUUGAAAGUAAUGACCUUUCCCAGUUAAUUUUUGUAUCGGUAACAACUAUUUCAGCGAAGGAUGCAGCUCCAGUUGAGAGUAUUGAUGCAAUGCUUGUUUUGGAAAUGAAUGGAAGCUUGGUCUUGUAUACUGGAGUUACCCGGGUGGGCAAAGUUUUUAUCCCUGGCUUUCCAGCACCAUCUUUAAACUUGUCCAAUCUUAUGCCAAGACCCAGUACUCCUAUUAAGGGCAUCAGUACUCCAACAAGAAUGAUCAGCAGACAAAUGGGACAUUUGGAAGAGGUUGUAAUGCCAUCACCUGUUACAGAACUAAGAAGCUCUUCUAGACUUAAUGAGACCUCCUUAAUUGAAGAAUGCACUUUUCAGCCAGUAGGAACUUAUAUUCAUUCUUUAAGAGAUUCAGUUCAUAAUAGAGUUACUUUGGAAAUGACUACUGGUGCAAUGCUUAGAAUAAGUAUUCCUGACAUAGCAUCUUCAGAGCUUGUAAAAAAAUGUUUGCUUGCAAUCAAGUACAUUCUUCCCAAAGAUGUUGCAAUGAAAAUACUUAUUAAAUGGUACAAUAUCUAUAAUGCACCUGGAGGCCCAAGCUCUCAGUCUGAGUGGAAUUUGUUUGUUACUUGUCUAAUGACUUUGAUGGGCUACAACACAGACAGGUUAUCGUGGACACGUAAUAUUGAUUUUGAGGGAUCACUUUCACCAGUCAUUGCUGCAAAAAAGGCAAGACCAUCUGAUAUGGGGUCAGAUGAGGACUGGCAGUAUUUGAUAACAUCUGAUUACCAUCAGCAACUUGGGAUGCACACCAUGCUUUGUUCCUUAUAUUUAGAUUCUAUAGAAGCAUUUCAGUCAAAAGAAGAUCUUUCUUCUCAGUUCAAGUUUGACAUUUCUGCUCCCCUCUUUAGCCAUAUACCUGCUGUCUUCUAUGUCCUUCACUUGGUGUAUGAAGAGUUAAAAUUGGACAAUUUAAUGAGAGAUAAUACACGUUCCCUUGUUGUUUUGCUGCUACAACUUGCACGGGAUCUUCAGCUACAUGAGUACAUAGAUUUCUACUGGAAGGACUACCCUUCGCUCACAAAAGCUUGUAGCCAGACAUGUAUCAUUGGAGAAGCUCAAACUAGCCACAUGAAUCAACCCGUCUACUUCUCUGUUGAGCCACCCAGUGUCUUCCAGUGGCUCUGUUGCUGCCUGAAAGGAGAAAGCUUUUUGCCUUUUCCAUAUUUGCCUGUGAUCUGUGAAAGAACUAAGCUGAUAAUUUUGAGUUUUGCAUUGUAUAUUCUGGGUGAUUAUAGUGCUGUUUCUAGUGAACCUUCGAAAUACCUACUUAAAAUCUCAGCAGGGCAGAGAAAGCCUUUAAAGGAACACGAAGAUAAAAGAUUGAGUGCCCUAAGACCAUCUGUAUUGAAUUCAAGUCUUGCAGAAAAACUUGUGACUUGGCUAACCCAAUCAGGAUUUACACUUAGAGAUUUGGAAUCUGUUCCAAUUGGUGUUGCUUUGCCUAUCAGAGAUGCUAUCUAUCACUGUCGAACACAGCCUUCAUCUGGUUGGUCAGAAGAUGUUUGUAUGCUUAUUGGACGGCAAGACCUCAUUAAACAGGCACAUGAAGUUACCAUAGCAAAAGGAAAAUCAACUGUGGGUCAAAUGAUUGGUUCAGACCUGCCCCCUGCUAAUGAAACAGAAGAUGAAGAUGAUGGAAUGAAUGAUAUGAAUCAGGAAGUAAUCUCACUGAUCUGGUGCAAAGAUCUACGUGUACAGGAAGUAAGGAGAUUGCUUCAAAGUUCGCAUCCUGUGCGAGUGAAUGUUGUCCAGCUACCUGAAGUUAGUGAUCAUGAGUACAUAGAAGAAAAAGAGAACAAACUGCUGCAGCUUUGUCAGCGAACUAUGGCACUCCCUGUCGGAAGAGGGAUGUUUACAUUGUUUUCUUAUCAUCCUGUACCAACGGAACCACUUCCAAUUCCAAAGCUUAAUCUUACUGGUCGUGCUUCUCCAAGAAAUACAACGGUAGAUUUAAAUAGUGGAAAUAUUGAUAUUCCUCCCAAUAUGGCCAACUGGUCUAGCUUCCAUAAUGGUGUCGCUGCUGGACUAAAGAUUGCACCAGCUUCCCAGAUUGAUUCAGCAUGGAUAGCUUAUAACAAGCCUAAGAAUGCAGAGCUUGCUAAUGAAUAUGCUGGUUUCCUGAUGGCUCUGGGACUCAGUGAACAUCUUACAAAGUUAGCCACCUUGAACAUACAUGACUACCUUACCAAGGGUAAUGAGAUGACCAGUAUUGGAUUACUGCUUGGUGUUUCUGCUGCAAAGUUAGGCACCAUGGACAUGUCAAUCACUAGACUUUUGAGUAUUCAUAUUCCUGCAUUGCUACCACCUACUUCAACAGAAUUAGACGUACCUCAUAAUGUUCAAGUGGCAUCUGUUGUGGGACUUGGCUUGGUUUAUCAAGGAACAGGUCAUAGACACAACGCAGAAGUUCUUUUGGCAGAAAUAGGUCGUCCUCCAGGUCCUGAAAUGGAGUACUGCACCGACAGGGAGUCAUACUCUCUGGCAGCUGGUUUAGCUCUUGGUAUGGUUUGCUUGGGGCAUGGCAGCAACUUGAUUGGUAUGUCUGAUCUGAAUGUACCCGAACAACUAUAUCAGUAUAUGGUAGGAGGACACAGACGCUCUCAGACUGGCAUCAACAGGGAAAAACAUAAAUCGCCAAGUUACCAAAUAAAGGAAGGCGACACUAUUAACACAGAUGUUACUUGUCCUGGUGCAACUUUGGCUUUGGCUUUGAUCUAUCUGAAAACAAAUAACAGGUCGAUUGCUGAAUGGCUACGUGCACCAGACACUUUGUUCCUGUUGGAUUUCAUUAAGCCGGAAUUUCUUCUCCUCAGGACAUUUGCAAGAUGUCUUAUUAUGUGGGAUGAAAUUGUUCCAGAUUCAGAAUGGGUCAACAGCAAUGUGCCCCAAAUAAUACGUGAGAACAGUGUGUCUUUUCAUACAGAAGAAAUACGCACAUCAGAAGAUUUGAAUAUGGAAACACUAGCCCAAGCACAUGUCUACAUAAUUGCUGGUGCUUGUAUGGCUUUAGGGUUUCGGUUUGCAGGAUCAGCAAAUGAGAAGGCCUUCAGUUGUCUGCACAAAUUUGUUAAAGAAUUCAUGCACUGUUUAACGUCUUCCACAGCCACAAUAACAGGACAUUACAACUUGCAGACUUGCUUGAGUGUCAUACUCUUGUCCCUUGCCAUGGUGAUGGCUGGUACCGGGGAUUUAACUGUUCUCCAGUUUUGUCGUUUUUUGCAUAAGAAGACUGGUGGUGAAAUGAAUUAUGGAUUCCACAUGGCUCAUCACAUGUCACUUGGUCUUCUGUUCCUAGGAGGUGGAAGAUACACACUGAGCACUUCCAAUUCUGCUAUUGCUGCUCUGCUUUGUGCAUUAUAUCCUCAUUUUCCAGCUCACAGUACUGACAACAGAUAUCAUCUUCAGGCGUUAAGACAUCUGUAUGUACUGGCUGCAGAGCCUCGACUGCUUGUUCCUGUUGAUGUUGAUACAAAUACACCUUGUUAUGCACUUCUGGAAAUUACAUAUAAGGAAACUCAGUGGUACAAGGAAACUACAGUUGAACGGAUGGCACCUACACUACUACCAGAGCUCCAUCUUUUGAAACAGGUAAGAGUUAAAGGACCACGAUAUUGGGAAUUGACUAUUGAUGUUAGCAACGGAACAAGUCAUUUACAAGCAAUACUAUCAAAAGAUGGAAUUCUGUAUGUUAAGUUGAGAGCAGGACAGCUGUCAUACAAAGAUGAUCCUCGAGGAUGGCAGAGCCUUUUAGCACAAACAAUAAGUCACAGAAACCCAGAAGUUCGUAGUUUCAAGGUAAAAAAAAUGCCUGAAGCAAUUUCAGCCUUUACAUCUGAUCCUGCACUUUUGUUAUUUGCUGAAUACUUCUGCAAGUCUACCAAAAAUGCAGAAUAUAAACAAGAGCCUCUUGUAUUAUUCUCCUCUAUUCUUUAUGAAUGUGUUACUCAGGAAACUCCAGAAAUUCUGCCAACAUAUAUAGCCAUAGACCAGGCUGUACGAAGACUUGAAAAAAAUGAGAUCUCGGAGACAUUUGAUUUCUGGCAAAUUAAACUUGUUUUUGAGUUCUGUAACUCUAAGAUCCUAGAAAACCGUUUAAGGCAGACUACUGAGAAAGGUCUUCUUAUUAAUUCAGAAUUUCUUCCAGUUAUAAAAUGUGCCAUUGAUAAUACCCUGGAUCAGUGGCUAAGUGAUUUUGGACAUGUUCUGAUGUCUUAUUUAAAUGGUGAGCCCUAUGAUGAGACACAGACAAACAUGCUGGCCUGUUUUCUUGUAUACCAUUCCUUUCAUACACAUGGAAGAAACAUUUUUGGAAACCAAGAUGUCAAAAGCUUCAGUGAACUGCUUUCAAAAUUUUCACCACUUGGUGUGCCUGUGCAAGCGUUGCUGCGUCUGGCAACAUUGUUUGUUUAAUCUACAAGCUGUUAAGGAGUUUGCUUCUUUAAAAAUACAGGAUGUUGAUGAUGUUGAAUAUUUUUUAUGCUUGUAAUAAUAAAUAAAACAAAAUGUACAUAGCUGUUUUCUCUGAUAUAUUAAACCUGAAAAAAUUUUGUAUUCAUUUUGAAAAUGUUACUGAAAUAUUACUGGUUUUUUAAUGUGAAAAAUAUAAAAGUGAAACUUUAAAAGCAGAAUGGUUACUCUAUCAACUGUUCUUUAUUUUUUAUUUUUUUCUCUCUUUUAAUGUGAACAUUUCAUGGCAUUUAGUUAUUUAAGCACUUUGAAAUCUUUUGCAAAGAGCAUUUUAUAGGCAUUCUUGUUUUUGCACUGAGGUCCUGCAUGACCAACAUUGUAGAAUGCUUAUUUUUGAUAUUUAAGUAGUGUUUGUAUCACUACAUUUCUUUAAACAGAAUGAAAUUCUGUAAGUGUAUUGUUCAGUGACAAUAAAAUACUUAAUAAGUAAAA